CAAUGAAGGGUUCACAGCUUAAGGUAACAAACAGCAGCAACUGCUAGCCGAAUUCUUCAAUUAUGGAAUAAGGUAUAUUGCAACUUAAGGAUAAUGUUUUGCUAUAUAUUGCUUUGCAUGUAAACUGCGUUAUCCAAAAAGAGAAAAGUUAACGGGUGAGAGACCUAGGAACCCUAGGAACCCUAGGAAUUGCCAAGAAUCUAGAAUAUUGACAAUACAUGAAAAGGGUUUUCUAUUACUUGACAUGCAAGUUUUGUUCAUCCUCAAAGAAAUCUCUAAACUCAUUCAUCUCCACAAAUACCACCAUCACUUUCUUCUGUUCCAACCCAUCAAUUUUUUUGUCUAAUUAGUAAUUACCCUUUUUUUGGUUGUCCUUAAUGGAACGUGAAGAAGGCAAACAACCCCCCCAGAAAACCCCUAUACACAAUCAAAAUGAGCAAGUUAAUGAUGAUAAUUUUGUUCUAGAAAACGGCUUGCAAGAGCAAAGUGGCACAUUCACAACGUUUGCAACAUUUGAAAGUGAAAGUGAGAGUGAGUCAUCUUUUGGUGACAAUUAUGAUGAUGAGGAUGCUGAAUUUUUCCUGAGCCAAGAGUUUGAAGCAGAUCUUCAAUUUCUGGAGAGUGAAGGAAGCAAUGAUGAUUAUGAUGAUGAAGGAAUGGAAGAAGAAGAUGAGAUUGAUGUGGAUGAAUUGACUUAUGAAGAGUUGAUUGAGUUGGGAGAUUUUAUAGGGCAAGAGAAAAGAGGGUUAUCAGCAAAUGAAAUUUCUUCAUGCUUGCAUUCUCACACUUUCCAUUCUUCUCAAAACAAGAGUGGAAUUGAUCGAUGUGUGAUUUGUCAAGUUGAAUAUGAAGAAGGUGAAUCUUUGGUGGCAAUUCAGUGUGAGCACCCUUAUCAUACAGAUUGCAUAACCAAGUGGCUUCAAAUUAAGAAGACAAAGACAAGUCAUAUUCUUCUCUUGCCGACCUCCUUCCGCGUGAUUCAUUUUUCGUCGAGUUUCAUAUUUCUUCGGCCAAGUGGAACAAAGGAACCAAACGUGUUCAUUUCAUUUGGACACAAUAGUGGUUUUAAGAAAUUUGAAAAAUGUGAAAAUAAAAGAAACUUUACAUUGAAAGGUCAAGCCAAGUUCAGUGGAGUUCUUAGUGUUUGUGUUCUUGAUUAAACCCGAGUUAUAUAUUCGCUUUCAUGCCUCGGACUCGAAUAAUACCUACCUUUGCUUCAAUCUAGUUAUAAUGAAGCUAUUAACUGAGUUUAGUUAAAGGUGUUCCCCACUAAUUAUAAAGUUGCAAAAACGCUUGCUA